UCCACCAAUCAACGGCGCCGGCGCGUGCCCGCCAGCCAAUGAAAACAAAUUGACAGAAAAGGAGACGAGCCGAAGGGUGAUUUGAAUAUGGGCGGGGCUCUCGCCGCUGUAGCCAAUCAGAGCCCGCUCCGCUCGCUCACGGGCCAAUGAUAUUCGCGGGGGUGCGCAAAGGGGCGGGGUUCAGUGACCGGAAGUGCGGCCGGACCGGAAGUUGGUGCCGGACCGGAAGUGGCGCCGGGCGCGUGGGGGCGAUGGGGAUCGGCGGCAAAAUCAACCGGCCCCGAACGGAGCUGCGCAAGAAGCUGUUCAAGCGGCGGCGGGAGCGGGCGCGGGGGCGGCGGCAGAAGCGGCGGUCGCUGUCGGUGCCCGCGGUCCGGGCCCCGGUGUGGGGGAAGCGGCUGCGGAAGGAGCUGAAGCGGCUGCGGGGGGCGUCGCGGAGGGCGCUCACGGCGGCGGCGAGCGAGGCGAAGCGGCCGCGGGAGGAGCCGGGGAGAGCGAGCGGCGACGUGGAGAUGGCGGAGUGAGCCCGGGGGUGUCGCCGGGGCCACCGGCUCACCGCGCCGGGCCCUGCCCGGUGCCCCCGGUGCCCGCAAUAAACGCUUUUUGUCCU